AUGCCCGCCAUCGUCAACCUCCUCUUCAACGUCGUCUCCACCAACACCACCAUCCCCUUCACCCUGGUGCUGCCGAUGGUCAGCUUGCUGUCCCUCGUCGUCGGGGUCGGAGGUCACGCCCUGCUGUGGCUGGUGCUGGUGAAGAACCCCCGCAGCCGCGCCAAGCCCAGCUCCGUCCUGCUCCUCAACCUGAGCCUGGCGGACCUGGGCGCCCUGCUCACGCUGCCCUGCGUGCUUCUGAGCGCCGGUUUCCAAGACUGGCAGCUGGGAGGCGGGACCUGCGUCCUCCUGGGAUUCGUGACCUCGGUCAUCGUGGGUGUCGAGAUCUUCAGCCUCUCGGCGUUGUCGGUGCUCAGGUUUCGUAUCGUUGCGCCGACGACAAGACCGGCCGCCACUCUGCUGCAAGUGGUGUGUGCUGUGGGGGUCAUCUGGCUGGUCGCGGUGAUGAUGGCGCUACCGAAAGUCACCUACGUCGACUUCGACGGCGGCUGCACGUGGGCGGUCGGCCGAGACGAGUGGCUGUAUUUCCUCGUCCCGGCCUUCCUGGUUUAUUACGUGGCGCCCCUCCUGUGCAUCGCCGUCAACUGUGGGCUGAUCAUCUCUCACCUCCAGCGCUGCAGAGGCACGCUAGCCGCUGACAGGCGCAACAAGAAAGCCACGGCGCUGCUCAUCGCCUCCACCGUGGUUUUUGCAGUGAGCUGGCUGCCCUACUACGCGCUGGAGUUUGUUAACGUCAUGUCGCCUCAUGUUAGCUCAGCGGCUUCCCCCGUUAGCAAACCCAGCUUAUCGCCGUCGUCGCUCCUCUCCAUUUUGACUCUUCCAACGCAGACCCGGGUGUCCCUGUUCUGGGAAGUGGCGUCUCUUGCGGCCAUUCUGUUGGUUUGCCUGGCGCCCUGUUGGAACCCGCCACUCUACUUCCUGCUGUCGCGUCCCGCUGUGCGCCAGCUCCGAGCUCUCCUGCCCUCUUUCUUUCAGGGUCGACUCGGGAAACAGCCUCUGCAGCGCUGGCGUAUCGCUCCCGCUCCUCCCCGGAGCCCGCCGACCCUUCAGCCUCCUGCUCUCUCACUUACUCACCCAUCUGUGGCAGACAGACUGACUCAAUAA